CUCUGCAGACGCCACCAUGCCGCGCCCGGGCCCCCGCCUGUGGCUGGUCCUGCAGGUGAUGGGCUCGUGCGCCGCCAUCAGCUCCAUGGACAUGGAGCGUCCCGGCGACAGCAAGUGCCAGCCCAUCGAGAUCCCGAUGUGCAAGGACAUUGGCUACAACAUGACCCGCAUGCCCAACCUGAUGGGCCAUGAGAACCAGCGCGAGGCGGCCAUCCAGCUGCACGAGUUCGCGCCGCUGGUGGAGUACGGCUGCCACGGCCAUCUCCGCUUCUUCCUGUGCUCGCUGUACGCGCCCAUGUGCACCGAGCAAGUCUCCACCCCCAUCCCCGCCUGCCGGGUCAUGUGCGAGCAGGCCCGGCUCAAGUGCUCGCCCAUUAUGGAGCAGUUCAACUUCAAGUGGCCCGACUCCCUGGAUUGCAGCAAACUCCCCAACAAGAACGACCCCAACUACCUGUGCAUGGAGGCGCCCAAUAACGGCUCGGACGAGCCCACGCGGGGCUCGGGCAUGUUCCCUCCGCUCUUCAGGCCGCAGCGGCCGCACAGCGCGCAGGAGCACCAGCUGAGGGACGGCGGGCCCGGGCGCGGCGGCGGCUGCGACAACCCGGGCAAGUUCCACCACGUGGAGAAGAGCGCGUCGUGCGCGCCGCUCUGCACGCCCGGCGUGGACGUGUACUGGAGCCGCGACGACAAGCGCUUCGCCGUGGUCUGGCUGGCCGUCUGGUCCGUGCUGUGCUGCUUCUCCAGCGCCUUCACCGUGCUCACCUUCCUCAUCGACCCGGCCCGCUUCAGGUACCCCGAGCGCCCCAUCAUCUUCCUCUCCAUGUGCUACUGCGUCUACUCGGUGGGCUACAUCAUCCGCCUCUUCGCGGGGGCCGAGAGUAUCGCCUGCGACAGGGACAGCGGGCAGCUCUACGUCAUCCAGGAGGGGCUGGAGAGCACGGGCUGCACCCUGGUCUUCCUGGUCCUCUACUACUUCGGAAUGGCCAGCUCGCUGUGGUGGGUGGUCCUCACGCUCACCUGGUUCCUGGCCGCGGGCAAGAAGUGGGGCCACGAGGCCAUCGAAGCCAGCAGCAGCUACUUCCACCUGGCCGCCUGGGCCAUCCCGGCCGUGAAGACCAUCCUCAUCCUCGUGCUGCGCCGGGUGGCGGGCGACGAGCUCACGGGCGUGUGCUACGUGGGCAGCAUGGACGUGAACGCGCUCACGGGCUUCGUGCUCGUGCCGCUGGCCUGCUACCUCACCAUCGGCACCUCCUUCCUGCUGUCGGGCUUCGUGGCGCUCUUCCACAUCCGCAGGGUGAUGAAGACGGGCGGGGAGAACACGGACAAGCUGGAGCGGCUCAUGGUGAGGAUAGGGGUCUUCUCCGUGCUCUACACCGUGCCGGCCACCUGUGUGAUCGCCUGCUACUUCUACGAGCGCCUCAACAUGGACUACUGGAAAAUCCUGGCCGGGCAGCACAAGUGCAAAAUGAACAACCAGACCAAGAGCUUGGACUGCCUGCUGGCCGCCUCCAUCCCGGCCGUGGAGAUCUUCAUGGUGAAGAUCUUCAUGCUGCUGGUGGUGGGCAUCACCAGCGGGGUGUGGAUCUGGACCGGCAAGACCCUGCAGUCCUGGCAGGGCGUGUGCAGCCGCAGGCUGAGGAAGGGCCGCCGGAAACCGGCCAGCGUGCUCACCAGCAGUGGGAUUUACAAAAAAGCCCAGCACCCCCCGAAACCCCACCUGGGGAAGUAUGAGAUCCCUGCCCAGCCCCCCACCUGCGUGUGAACAGGCCCCGAGGGGAGGACCUGGGGGGGGGGCAGCGGGGGCCGAAACAUGGUGCUUUUUUUACAGUUGGUUGGUUGGGUUUUUUUUUUAAAAAAAGAAAAAGAAAAUAGAUAAAAAGCGUUUACCCUGAAAUUCAGGAUGCUGGGGUACACUGAAAGCAAAAAUGUACGGAAAGGGUUUUGUUUUGUUUUGCUGUUUUUCCACGAAGGGAAGCUCCGGUUCAGUAGCCUCUUGUGUAACCGAUUGGUGGUAAAGUAGUUGAUUCAGCCCUGGAAAGAAAACUUUUGUUUAGAAACUCCCAUAAAUAUACAUCUCUGUAUACUGGAGUUGGUUUUGCUACUUCUAUUUACAAACAAGAGGACAGAUAACUUCUUUGCAAAUUAAAGAGCCUCCAGUGGGUUAGCAAACGAGCCAUCCCCGGGGGGCGCCUCAGGAAGGGGGCUGUGUGUUGCAGGGGGGAAGAGAGUGGAGCUGGGGUGCAUCACACUCUGGUGGAUUUGGAGUCACUUAACAUAGACUCCGGCCUCCAGUCUUCACAAAUGCUCUUUCUCCAAGACAGAAACCCCCACCAAGCCUAACCCUUGUGAAUUCAAAUGAUGUGCAAUACAUUUUUCCCCUCUUUCCAUGAAACUAAAAAGAGAAACAAGUAUUUUGCUGUACAUAAAGACAACAAAAGAAAUCUCCUAACAAAAGAACUAAGAGGCCCCGGGGCCUCAGAAACCCUUUCGUGUUACAUUUUGUGGCUUUUUAAUGGAAACCAAGCCGAUGUUAUACAUGUUUGGACUGAUUUGUGGAGGGGGGGGGGGGAGGAGAAGGAUCUUUCAAAAGUACCCAAAGGGCUUAUUGACUCUUUCUAUUGUGAAACAGCUGAUUUCCAUGAACACAUCCAGAAGCACUAAGUCGGUCUCCUGCACCACGCCAGGGAAGAGUGGUUUCUGCCCGUGUACAUGUGUAAUAUAUGAUAUUUUUCAAGCUCCACUAUUUUAUUAAAAAUAAAAUAUGU